AUGGCCGAGUGGUACAUGAUAUCGUGGAAUGCCGAAGUCUCCAGGGUCUUCUUCCGGAGAUGCUUCGCCUUCUCUUCCGUGAAGCACCCCAGCGCGAAUCUGGACCCGGGUCGGGCAGGGUCGCUCUCAGAAAUUGGAUCGUUGUUGCGGGAGUUUAGCGCCAGAUCAGCGGUGAUGUAUUCUGCCGGGUCCGACGACCAGCCGAAGAGCGGGGUCCACCAGCUAGAGGAAGAGGGCUUGAGGCGAUUCGGGUCGGGUCGCUGGGAUCCGGAGGCGUUGGGACGGAUCGAAACGGGUCUGAAAGACGUGAGAGGAGUUGCCAUGGCGAUGGUAGAUCACAGAUUCACAAUGCAGUGUAUGCAGAAGGAGGAAGACAGAGAAGGGUUUUAG